AGUGACACAUCAUAUAAGCGGUGUUUGGUUGCUUCUGUGAGAGUGUAAUUUUUUCUAAUCCUAUUUUACCUGAUAAAUCUUUAUUAUUUGGCUAAUGAUGGACGAAAAAACUGUUUGUCUUUUUGAUGUUGAUGGAACACUCACAAAGCCGAGACAAGCAAUAGCAGCUGAAAUGAAAGAUUUACUUGGCAAACUGAAAAGUAAAGUGCCUGUUGGACUAGUUGGAGGAUCAGAUCUAAAAAAAAUAACUGAACAAAUGGGGGAGGGUUUUGAGGCUGUGAAUAUGUAUAAUUAUGUUUUUGCUGAAAAUGGCCUUGUUGCAUACAAGAAUGGAAAAUUACUAGCAAAAGAGAACAUUUUGGAUUAUAUGGGAGAAGAAAAACUACAAUCUUUCAUCAACUUUUGUCUACGUUAUAUGUCAGAUUUAGUCCUACCUGUUAAACGUGGAAAUUUUGUAGAAUUUCGUUCUGGCCUCAUUAACAUCUGCCCUGUUGGAAGAAGUUGUAGUCAAGCUGAACGAGAUCAAUUUGCAUUAUAUGAUAAGGAGCAUAAAAUUCGAGAAAAAUUUGUUAGUGUCAUCAAAGAAAAAUUUCCAAACAAUGGAUUGACUUAUUCCAUAGGUGGUCAGAUAAGUUUUGACUGUUUUCCCGAUGGCUGGGAUAAAACGUAUUGCUUGAAAUAUCUGAAGAAUGAUGGAUACACUACUAUUUAUUUCUUUGGUGAUAAAACUUCGAAGGGUGGAAAUGACUAUGAAAUUUUCAACCAUAAAGAUGUCAUAGGCCACACUGUUAAAAGUCCAGAAGAUACGAUGCAACAAAUAAUAGAACUAUUUCAUUUAUAGCAAUGAACUUAAUAUAGUAAAUGGAUAAUGUCAGUCAGAUAUUUUAAUUAAUAAUGAUGCUUUCACUAUUCAUCUUAUAUAUCUAUAAAGCUACUUUUUUUAAGAAUUUUAUUUAAAAUAAAAAAUUUCAGUAAUCAGUCUUUAUCUUCGUAUUAAUGUACCUACAUAAGAAUAGAUUUAUUUUUGGACAUAUUUCAAAUAGUUUGCUUUUGCUUGUUUGGGUUUAUAAUUUCUUUAUUGAAAUUGGUUUGAAAAAUCUGCGCAAAUAACCAUUUGCAGCUUGUUAAUUAGACCAAAUAAAAGAAAAGAAUAACAUUUA